AUGGCCGUCGUGGGAAUGUAUCCCAUUGACUAUGCUAAAUAUCUUCCUCGACGGUUGUUCUUCCUCUCGGAAAUCCUUAAUCGGAUGUACUUUGGCUUCUGGCAGCUCAUCUGCAUACAUAUUGCCGUUGUGCAGAUUGCAAGUGUUUACGUUAAUUGGGGAAAGAGCUUAGAUGAUAUUUCUCAGUAUUUGAAUACAAGUCUCAUCUAUGUAUUUACAUAUUACAUCAUCCUGUAUUUCCAAGGACGAUGCAGGACUCAUGCAAAACUAAUCAAUUAUCUCAAUGAGAAUUUUAAAAGUCGCUCAGCUCCUGGAAUAACGUACGUUACAUUGGAACCAGCUUACAAAGCUGCAAAUAAAUUUACCCACAUUUGGUUGGUAUGUUGCACUUUUGGCACACUCCACUGGGCUUUUGCUCCAAUUUUAACAGGCACACGAGUCCUUCCGCUUAACGCUUGGUAUCCUUUUGAUGCUUUGGCAAGUCCGCAGUACGAAAUAAUCUACAUUUGUCAGUUUUUGGGUCAAAUCCUCGUUGGAAUUGGAUACGGCAUUGUUGGAGGAAUGCUUAUGAGUAAAAUAACCCUUCUCAAUGGACAGUACGAUAUGCUUUUUUGCAGUUUAAAGAACUUAGAGAGCACAGCUAUGAUUCUUCAAGGGAAUCACACAGAGGAUUUAAAGAAACGGCAAGAAAAAAUCGACAGAACCAAAGAUGAAGUGAAUGAAUAUUAUGUGAGUCAAGAAUUGCUAGAAAAUCUUAACAUUGCAACCAAAGCAAUAAAUACAUUCGGGACAAGGGAGUAUAACACGGAGGAACUGGAGCUUUCUAAUGAAUUAACAACAACAUUGAAGGACUGCAUUAAGCAUCAUCAAAUGAUUAUUAAGUUUUGUCAUAUGCUUGAACAUUUCUAUCAUUUUUAUAAUCUAGGGAAAUUUUUCCAAAUUACUUUUCUCGUGUGCCUUUUAGCCGUAACAGCGACAACUGGACAAAAUUCAUUCAUGAAAAUGGUUACAAUAGCUGAAUACCUCAGCUUGGCCACUUCAGAAUUGCUCCUUUUCUGCUACUAUGCUGACAUGCUUACAUAUCAGAGUACUCGACUCACAGAGGCCAUUAUUCGCAGUCCAUGGUACAAAUGUGGAGGACCAGUGAGGCGAGAUAUGAUUAUAAUGCUGGCAAAUUCACUAAAACCAUUCACCCUCACUGCAGGAAAAUUCUUUUUGCUGACGGUUGAGAGUUUCAAGUCGGCAAUGAUGGCAUCCUUUUCGUACUACACGCUCUUGACCAAAUUCCGAGCACGUGAAGAUUGA